AUGUCAUCCCAGACCAUCAAUGUCAGCAUCAACUUGGACUUGGUAGCCAAGUAUCAAAACACCAAAACUGAGAGCUCUAAAGAAUGGAAGGAUCCAUUGACUCCUCCACCACCACUGCCAACAACACCCCUGGACAGUGUGUCAUCAGAAGAAAGUAAAGUUAGCUCAGAGGAACAGGUAAAUGAGGUCUCCAGCGACACUACUGAUUCCGAGGAGAUCCUGCUCUCGGACGGUGGCCAAUACCUCUAUAGACCAGCAGGUGGCGUUCCUAGGAGCUCAGGCAAGGCAGGAGAUGCUAAAGACGAUGAUGAAGACGAGAGUGGAGAUGACACCUUCGGUGAUGAGGAAAGUAGCCCAGGAAACAAAGAGAGACCGGAAGACGGAAAUUCUGAAGUAGACAGUGAGGAAGAUUCUGCUGAUAACACACAAUCCAGGGAAGACAGUGACAGCCAGGACCUUGACAACGAUGUCCACAGUAGGCUGGAAGGAGAGGACUCCACUCCAGACAGUGAGAGCGAGGAGCACUGGGUGAGGGGCAGCAGCGAGGGGCGGAGCAGCCCUGGGGACGGCUCUGAGUUUGAUGAUGAAGGGAUGCAGAGUGAUGAUCCGGACAGCAUCCGGAGCGACAGAGGCAAGGUUAGAACAGACAGUACCGGAGUACAGUCCCAAUAUUCCCAUGGGAACAGCAAAGAGGUGAGUGCUCAGGACGCAGGGCACAGCAAGGCAGUGGAGUACACCCGUGGGAAAUUUAGCCGGAAGUCCCGCAUUUCCCAGGAAGAUGACAGGGAUGAGCUGGAGGACAGCAACACGCAAGAGGAGGUGGAGACUCUCUCCACCGAAAGCCCCAACUCCAGGGACUCCGACCUCAGCCCAUCGGAUGAAGACAGCAGAAGUGAAUCCCAGGAGGACAGUAGGGAGAGUCAGUCUCAGGAGGACAGCCGCGAUGAGGCAGACACCAGCAGCGAGUCCAGUCAAGAGGAGGACCUCCCGUCUCAGGAAAGCAGUAGCGAGUCUCAGGAAGAGGGAGGGAGUGAGUCCAGGGGAGAUAACCCUGACGCCACCAGCAGUAGCACGGAGGAGGAAGAGGAAGACAGCGACUCCAGCCCAGAGGAUGACCCCAGUGUUCCUUCCAGUUCAGAAAGCCAAUCCCAAGAGGAGCAAGCUGACAGCGAAUCCAAUGAAAGCCUUCUCACAUCCUCAGAAGAAAGCCCUGAGACCACGGAGGAGGAGGAGAACAGCUCCAGUCAGGAGGGCCUGGAGUCCCAGAGUGCAUCUACCGAGAGCCAGAGCGAAGAAAGCCAGUCGGAGCAGGACAGCCAGUCAGACGAAGAGGCAGCCAGCGACUCCCAAGACAAGAGCAAGUCCAAAGAAGACAGCGACUCCACAGACAGCACAUCCAGCAGCGAGGAGGACAGUCAGGCCAAAAACAUGGAGAUCGAAAGCCGAAAAUUGACAGUUGACACUUAUCACAAUAAACCCAUCGGGGACCAAGAUGACAAUGACUGCCAGGACGGCUAUUAGUGUCAGCCUGCCCAAGGAGUGGCUUUCAGAAAGGACUCUUUGGGACUUGCAAGCUAAAGAAACCAUUGUAAUUAUAAUUUAUUGGUGUUUUAAUCAGAAGACUAUCCAGAAACCAUUUCUUUCUUAAAGGAAUUACUGGUGUGACACUUGUUCUCAGGGGGUUAGCUGUCCAUAGGGGCUUCAAAAUGUGGAAAAUGACCCCAGAACACCCUUGAUGGGACUGGAAACAAGGGAAGAGGAACUAGGAGUUCACAGUUGAAUGGUUCUAGCUCAUUAAUCUGGUGAACAAUGAUUGAGAUUCUACCAAGGGACUUCACAACGUUUAUGGGCAAUGGAAUUUAAAGGCUAGUUAAUUCUGUUGCAAAAAUGCUUGAAGUCUAGCACACAAUUUUUUUUUAGUAAAUGGUUUUCAUAGACUUUUUGAAUUUCCCUAUGUAUAUGGAUGUCAAAAUAUUUUUGUACCCAAAUAAACCUAUCUUUGAAUUCCAUUGUACAUAGACUUUUUGAAGUAGCCUUGCAUUGUGUACUGGGCAUCAUGCUGGUGAUAUAUGGAAACUGAGGACUUGCUUCUUGUGCCUGAGGAGCUGACUGAGAAAA